AUGAGACUAUCACCCACCGCAGCUUUUAUCAACAGCCGCGUCCAAGUCCUGAUGAGGACGGACCACUCUGUCAUAUACACCGACAAGGCUGAACCGAACGUCGUUCUCAAGGCGGAGACCAUAUGGAUCGACGGCAAACCCUACGGCCCGCCAUCGAUGGCGGCUCAGACCAGCCGUGACCUCUGUCGCGAGCACGACAUCUACAUUGCUCUCGGUGGCCGCCACGAGCGCAUCACGAGGUGCUUCGGCCUCGUCCACGACGAUCAUGGCAACGCCAUCGCGCUAAAGCUCGAGCGCGCGCCCAAGGGCAACCUGCGGCACCUCAUCGAGGAAACCCCAGAGGUCCCCUCGGUGCGCCAGCGCGUGGAGAUGGCCGCCUCCCUCGCCGAAAGCGUCGCGUACCUCCAUUCUCGCGGCGUCAUCUGGGGGGACCUCUCCACCCGGAACGUCCUCGUCUUCGGCGUCGACGACGAUAUUAGCCUCAAGAUCUGCGACUUUGCCAGCUCCGCUCUGGAGAACGUGCAUCCCCGAUUCGGGAUCCACACGUACGAGCCGGGCUACUGUCCCGCCUUGCCAGAGGGCCAAGUGCGCACGCUGCCCAUGAUGCAGCGGGAGCUGUAUGCCCUCGGGUCGGCCGUCUACGAGAUCACGGCGUGGAAGUUCCCGUACGCGGGAGUCAGCGGAGACAUUUGGGACAUUGUUGAGAGCGGCACGAUGCCCGUCAUAGCAGACGACAACGUCGCUCGUGACAUCAUCACGCGAUGCUGGAACUUUGAAUACGACUCGGCGGCGUCCGUCGCGGAUGACUUGGCCGCUAUCUUCGGGAGGCUAACGAAGGAAUGA